AUGAAGUUCGGGGAGCAUCUCGAACGGGAAUCCGUUCCAGAAUGGAACCUUCACAACCUCGACUACAACUCCAUCAAGCAUGAAAUCAAGAUGCACACAACGCGCGACCAGGCUACAGCCAUGGCCAUCCCGGGCCAAAAAGACGAAGCGUUGAGUCGAUUCGAAGACGGCUUAUACAUGGAACUUGGUCGCCAGCAUGAGAGAUUACAACUAUUUGUCUCAAGCAAAGCAGACGAGAUAUCCCGCCGCUUAGCUUGGGCGGCACGCGAUCGCAUGCCUAAACUGACAUCCCUACUAGAGUAUCUUGAAAAUAACAUUGGUCGAUGGGCGUCAAAGAACCGAGAUGGGCUUGCCGAUGAUUCAGCAAUCAAACACCAGAGAAGGUUUACCAAAUACGAACGUGAGCUUGUCCGCUGUGGCGGUGACAUCCAAGCCCUCCAACGCUUUGCCAAUGCCCAGGCCGUUGCUUUCCGAAAGAUUACUAAAAAAUAUAAGAAAUGGACUGGUUCUACAACUCUUGCCACUCGUUUAUACGAAAACAUCCUCUCCGAUCCUAAAAGCUUUACUCGUCGCGACUUCUCCUCCCUGCAACAGCGAUAUGACGACAUCACCUGCACUCUCAACGCCGCUGCUCCCGUAUUGAGUGAACCUAGCUCGCCAGAAUCAGCAGCUCAUCCUUAUCGCCGCCAAUCCCUCGCAGGUUCUAUCAAUUCGGCGCACCGUCAUUGUACCAACCGUUCUCAACCCACCUUCGAAUUCCUACCCCCGGCACAUAUGGAUGAGCCGGUCAAAUACUGGAACGAAUACGACAAUGGGAGCGAGUGCGCGGACAAUAACAGUGGAUAUGCUAUUUACAUAAAUCCUGAAGAAAGCACCAACUUCCCUGGGUUUGACUAUCUGCACGGUAUCUUUACAAUUCCUCUGAACAAAGCAAAGGGUUGGUUUAAGCACAGUAAACCCGGAGAGCGGCAGGGUCUACUCGGUGCAAACCAUUCGCCUUACCAAUAUUCCAGCACAACUUUUAAUAGCAGCGAGUCUGACGAAGAAGCGGGAUAUGCCAGUUCAGACGGCUUCCCCACAAGCGGAUACGCGACUCAUUACGCUCUUCCCAGUCUCGGCCAACAGCAGGCGUACUUGUACCGUGAAAAGACGCUGUUUUGGGGUACUGUCAGUUCCUUCGCCGUGUCGUUCCUGCUUCUACUUAUCACUGGCACCCUCAUCGCUACCGGCCGACAUAAACUCCGUGCCGAAGUCGAUGCAGGAGUCACUAUUGGCGUUGUCGCAAGUUUGUUUGCCUCUUGUAGUGCCCUCGGUAUGACGCUGUACCGGCACGACCAACUAUCCUUACCACACCUCAUGGCAGUAUGGACUACCUUCAUCGCUUCUUGUAUCCUGAAUGGCAUGCUGCUAAUACUUGUUGUUGGAAACUCCCCGUGA